AUGGCGCCGGUGCCGGCUUCCGAGCGCCUCUUGUUGAUCCCAGCCAUUAACAAGAGGAACACGACUGGCUACAAGAACGUGGCCUACGACCGCGGCAGUAAGAAGUUCAAGGCGCAGGUGCAGGAUGGCGGCAAGUGUGUCCACCUCGGCUCCUUCGCCACCGCCGAAGAGGCGGCCACCGCCUACGCUCGCUCGGAGUACGGCCGCGCCGACGCCGCAAAGCUGCUACAGCCCCGCGCUACUACCACUGCCGCUGGCGCCGCGGCGAUACUGCAGGCGGCGAGGGAGGGCCUGAAGCUGGUUGCCAGCAGCAGCAGCAACAGCGGCUACAGGGGAGUGACCUUCAAGCCGAAGGAGCGAGGCAGCAAGAAGUACAAGCUGACGGUGAAGGUUGGGCGCAAAGAUGCGGUCCGGCAAGCAGAGAGGGAGGGGCUGACACUGGUCACCAGCAGCAACAGCAACAGCGGCUACAGGGGAGUGACCUUCAAGCAAGGCAGCAAGAAGUACGAGCUGACGGCAGUCCGGCAGGCGGGGAGGGAGGUGUCGGAGAUGGAGGUGGAGGCGGCUGCCGCAGUUGCGGGCAUGCUUAGUGCUUUAUACGUAGCGAUAUAA